AUGUCGCUUUUGAUCCCAACCGAGAACGACUACGACGAUGCACAUGGAGACCUUGCUGAAGAGCAAGUAUACCGUGAGAAGUACGCCGCCAUCAAAGACUCCAGGGAUGGCAAUGGCAGGUUGAAUUUCCCUUGGACGUAUGAGGUUGUUCCAGGUUUUUUCAGACAGUCGGACGAUGCAACUGAUGACCGUACUUUCAACCAUGGAUUGGAACAUUUUGGAAGAGCCAAGCCAUGGGCCCAGAUCAAGGAAGAAUUGUUCCAAUUGAACAAGGCUGCGGGACCCAACGAGAGUUACAAGUUGGUCUUUUUCGCCCGUCAUGGCCAGGGGUACCAUAACGUCUGUGUCCUGAAGUAUGGUGUUGAAGAAUGGGACCGUAAAUGGCAUAGCAUGGAAACAGACGGCGAAAUUGUUUUCGGGCCAGAUCCCGAACUUACUGAACUUGGGAUCAAUCAGGCCAAAGAAAACAACGCAGCCUGGAAGCAGGAAAUCGCUGAAGGGUGUCCCUUGCCCUCGAAGUUCUACGUUUCCCCCAUGCAAAGAUCCAGCCAAACUUUGGUGUACACGUGGGCAGGCAUCAAGCCCAAAGAACCUAGACCUUUGGUGAGAGAGACCAUCAGAGAACGUCUUGGUCGCAACCUCUGCGACAAGAGAUCGACCCGUACUGUGAUUGCGCAAAGAUUUCCCGACUUCGUCAUCCCUGAGGACUACCCAGAGGAAGACCAGUUGUACAAGGACGAUUACCGUGAGAAGUUGCACGAGCAAAGUUUCAGAGUGAUGGAUUUGCUCAAGGAGGUGUUCGAGGACGAUGUCAAGGACACCGUUGUCGACAGAGUCUUGGCCCACGAGAAUACCUUUGUCUCGACCACUUCACAUGCCGGGGUUAUUCGUGCCUUCAUCUUGGCAUUGGGUCAUAGACAGUUCACCAUUUGUACUGGAGGAAUGAUCCCAAUUGUCAUCAAGGGUACGAGAAGAGAGUAG